AAUGAACCAAUGACCGUUUAGGCUACUAAUAAUUCAUUUUUCAUUUAACCGUGAUAUAAGCAUUGAUUGGACAAAAUUGGCAGCCAUUUGUCAGAACAUUCGCAUUAAAAUCUGUACUUUUCAUCCUAGUUUUAUACUGUUUUUGGGCGCAUUAGUUAUUCCAUGAGCAAACGCAAAAUAGAGGUUGGUGAAUUCUCUCUUUCCAGUCCCGAAAAGCAGCAAUGCAUCGCAAAAGACGUUCGCGAAUCGGAGGAAGCUCUACGUCAGUUGUCAAUGUUAUUUCCCGAGGAAAAAUUUCUUGGUCGCGUUCCAAGAGUGGUAAUGAAACACAUGAUCUACAGCCGUAUACCAAAUCGGACAUUGGUCGACAAGGAAAUUGAUGAAUUAAACCAGACUGGAGUCAUCAGAUUGUUUAAACUAGGAAGUGAGGAGGAAUCUCUAGCAGUCCUGUUCAUGGAACAGUACAAAGAACUUAUUGAAAGGAGAUGUUCUGAUUCAGCCUUAGUCAAGAGGUUUGUCAUCAAGAUUCUUAAGAAAAUCAAGGAAAUCAGUGUAGAGAAAGCAGUACUUGUCAGUGCUGGUUUUACUGAAACUGAUAUUAAAACUCUUAUAAAUAAUUGCCUAUUGACUGUGAGAACAACUACCACAUACUGGUUUGCUUUUCCUGGAGCUGGAGAAUUCAUGAAAGCUUAUGCCAAAGGAAGACAAAAUGUUAUCCGCUUGAUCAGGAAGUCCAAGUAUAAGCAAAUUUUACAAAACGAACUAGAACAGCGUGAUAUGAGGAAGACUGUACAGCUUGGUGCACAGUAUCAUAUCCAUGACAUUAUUGGAGCUGACAUGGUCAUUUGUGUGAACACUACUUCUGGUAAUUUGUUACGACUUUCCAAUUGAAACUUUUUGAGAUAUCACUUGUUGCUUAAGUGAUGAGUGUGACAAACACACCGUGCAUGAUGUUCUCGACGCAAUUCUAGUUUCUAGCUUUCUACCAAGCAUUUUUUCUAUAAUUUUUUCAAAACAAUACUAAUACAGUAUGACCCGUCCUCACGAAUUUGAAUAAUUUUUUGUUGUUCACGAUAUCCAUGUCGAUUUAAUUUAAUGUUAUACCAUGGGAGAAAACGGGUAUGGGUGCGGUUUGACUCCUCAUACUUGCAUUUCUGCAACUAGAAUUUCAAAUGUAAAGAAUAGCAAUAAAUAAACAAUGGUGAUAAACAUUUCAAA